CAACCGGGUGCUUACAUUCUGUCGCAGAAUUUCAAACCAUCCGCAACCGUUUCGGUUUGUGCGGUUCAAAACUUUCCGGCCGCUUUCAGGUGGUCGACAACGAACCUUAAUUGGAAGCAACUGAUACUGGAAAGCAUUAAAGGUGCCCGGGACAGUAAACACACACAAAAAAAAAACGCAAAAUACGUCACAACAGUUUAAAUUCACAUCGAUGGCUCCAAACUGCAUCGGUUCUACAUGGUGGCCCCCGUGCUUCGCCAACGAAGUGAUACAGUGAAAAGUGAAACUUAGGUACAAAAAAAGAAAAUAGUGCAAUUGGAAUUUUGGCGUACCCUCCCAGUAACAACAACACGCGGUUUUGUGCCCAGCAUUAUGCUUUGCCCAACACAUGUUCAGCUGGUUUGAAUUAAUUGUGAUUGAGCUGUGCGAAUUAUGCUUGGAAAACUAGUGUCGGAUGGACUGUCGGUUACACUCGAAAACCCCACCGUCCAAAGCUCUCGCAUCCUUCUUGAGCAUUCGUGUCUAGCCUCCAUCGAACCAUAGGGCAAGUUCCAGUAGGAGCUCUUACAUAAAACCCACGGUCCCGGGAACGUAAUCCAGUCACCGUUCGUAAGGUGAUCGCCGUCUACGGAAAGUUCACGCCACAUCCUAUUCAGUGCAAUGCUUAAAAUGGAAAAGAAUCGCCAUUUAACGCGGAUUUGGUUUGGGCUGAUGGUGUUGGCGAUAAUCAGCGUGCCGCAAAGAGUCAUCUCAAUGCCAUGCACUAGCGGCACAAACGGCCAGACAGUGAAUGCCAUACGAUCGGACCGAGCUUCAGGCCCGGGAUCAAAGUCUGUGGGUGUUCCCGCCGCGGUACCAACGGUAGCCUCGUCGACGCCGUCGGCUGCUAUCAAAAAGGAUCUUUUCAUGUCCCGUGGCUGGGGAGCAUCGGGCAUGCCGUUCUCGAUGUUCUAUCUGAAUCAUUACACGAAGGCACAGAAAGCCUACGCACAAAGUCAGCUACUUCAGCAGCAGCAGCAGCAGCAGCAGCAGCAACAACAACAACAACAACAACUGCAGGAGCAGCAACGAUUACAGCCACAACAACAACAACAACAGCCAGAACAAUCAUUAAGGAUACAAGGGGAGCGGCAUUCGGCAGUUGGAUCUCAGGAAGACACAGCAAGCAAGGAUACCGGCUAUCCGGCAUUGGCUUCGAAACCGCUUCCCUAUGGCACCCGGUACGACAAUGAACCGAUCGCUGUUCACGCCCAACAGCUACGCACUGACACCGACUAUGCGGACAGUGCGUCAUCGGUGCGCACCUCGAAGGUGAAUACAUCGCGCCGCCAGUACACGGUCCCGCAGCUGUUUGUAUCCUACGGCUGGGGACCGAUGGGAUAAACGGACAAGCGUCCUGGCAAGCUCGCAUCGACCCAACACCUAGACCCGCCGAAUAGUAAAGCUCCCCGCUUCCCCGCCCCGUUCUAUCUUGCCGGUGCGCGAGAGAAGCGGAAUAUUUUACAAAUAUCCCUGCACGGAACAUAUGCUCAGUUCAAGUUUCAUUCUAAGUGUAACAAACUAUACUGUAAUAUUACUCUCACAUACAUAUAUAAUAUAAAAGUGCAUGAAGUAACUAUGAGCAAUCAUUGUACAUCGUAGUGUAAUUUACAAGAGAAAAUUGAAAUUUGAACAAAGAAACAAACGAAUACGAAAAACUUCCAAAAUUCUGUUGUGGAAAAUCGAACCGGCUGUUACAAUAAAAGCAACGAGCUGUGUGUUUUGUUGUCAAUAA